UUGAAAAAGCAUUUUUUGUGACACAGACAAUCCAUCAACAUAAUUUUUAGGUGUAGACACAUAUGCCACUUGCCAAUUAUUUCAAUUAGUUUUAGUUGUUGAUUAAGCGUGAACUACGUAAACCGAAUUGUGAUCGAAUAAAAAUGCGUGAAAACGCCGAUAUUAAAAUUGUUGGCAAAAAUGUCAUACUAAUUCCGUACGAAGCCAAGCACGUUGAAAAGUAUCAUAAAUGGAUGUCCGACCCGGAAUUAUUGAAACUAACUGCUUCCGAGCCAUUGACCAUUGAUCAAGAGUAUGAGAUGCAAGAAACGUGGCGAAACGAUGAAGAUAAGUGUACGUUUUUGGUACUAAACAAGGACGUUUAUGAGCGGACAAAGGAUGAGAUCGAAGCAUUGAUUGGCGACACAAAUCUGUUUCUUAACCAGGAUUAUUUCUUGCCUGGGUCAGACGACGAAAAUCCCCAUCAAGAUUUAAACAACGAAACAAUAAUCGCCGAGGCGGAGAUAAUGAUAGCCGAACCCGAAGCGCGUGGGAAAGGUUUUGGAAAAGAAGCCAUUCUUCUGAUGCUAAAAUAUGGACAAUCUGAGCUCGGCGUCCAAGAAUUCGUUUCAAAAAUCGGCUAUGACAAUAUUACCAGCCAACAUCUGUUCGCAAAGCUUCAAUUUGAAGAACAGUCGCGAUCGGAUGUAUUCCAGGAAAUCGCGUUCAAACGAACCGUAGACGUUGCAUGGGUGAAAUGGUUGAACAACGAAGUAUCGGCCUACGAAAUUGAAGAUUAUGUACGAUAAACAUAACGUCCUUCUACUGUGAAAGAAAUGCCACGCCGUCUAAUUCAAAAUUAUUUUGUCAAAUGGCACAAAUCAAAUCAUUUUUGAACGAAUAUAUAUUUUUGCACAGACUAUUUUGUUAGGGUUUACUUCUUUUGGUAUUUUUGUAUUUUUGCAUUUAUUCAAUACGCUUUUUGUAUUAAAAAAAAACAAUUUAAUAAAGAAUCGACUCGAUUUAAAA